AGGAAGCAUAAGCUGGAAUCAAGAUUGCCAGGAGAAAUAUCAAUAACCUCAGAUAUGCAGAUGACACCACCCUUAUGGCAGAAAGUGAAGGAGAACUAAAGAGCCUCUUGAUGAAAGUGAAAGAGGAGAGUGAAAAGUUUGGCUUAAAGCUCAACAUUCAGAAAACUAAGACCAUGGCAUCUGGUCCCAUCACUUUAUGGCAAACAGAUGGGGAAACAGUGGAAACAGUGAGAGACUUUAUUUUUUUGGGCUCCAACAUCACUGCAGAUGGUGAUUGCAGCCAUGAAAUUAAAAGACGCUUACUCCUUGGAAGGAAAGUUAUGACCAACCUAGACAGCAUAUUAAAAAGCACAGAUAGCAACAAAGGUCCGUCUAGUCCAGGCUAUGGUUUUUCCAGUGGUCAUGUAUGGAUCUGAGAGUUGGACUAUAAAGAAAGCUGAGAGCCGAAGAAUUGAUGCUUUUGAACUGUGGUGUUGGACAAGACUCUUGAGAGUCCCUUGGACUGCAAGGAGAUCCAGCCAGUCCAUCCUAAAGGAGAUUAGUCCUGGGUGUUCAUUGGAAGGUCUGAUGUUGAAGCUGAAACUCCAAUACUUUGGCCACCUGAUGCGAAGAGCUAACUCACUUGAAAAGACCCUGAAGCUGGGAAAGAUUGAGGGCAGGAGAAGAAGGGGACAACAGAGGAUGAGAUGGUUGGAUGGCAUCACCAACUCAAUGGAUAUGAGUUUUGGCGGACUCCGGGAGUUGGUGAUGGACAGGGAGGCAUGGUGUGCUGCAGCUCAUGGGGUCACAAAGAGUCGGACACGACUGAGCGACUGAACUGAACUGGACUGAAGAGAGAAGAAGAGGAAAAACUAAAAGAAUGCAAGAAAGAGAAGAAGUAGUUGCUGGCGUAAACAGGAGGCGGUGGCUGCAGUGUCCCGGUGGCAGAGGAACAGCUGGAGGAGGCACAAGGAGAGACCACGUGCUCCCCCAGGUGGGCAGGGAGAGCAUGUGUCCAGUUGCUCCCGCAGGCUGCCAUGGUGCGAGGCUGUGAAGGGUCUCUUCUACGUGAAUGCAAGGCCAUAAUCUAGGAGGACGUGUUGAGGAUUUGAAGAGGGAGGAGAAGCAUGAACUAGCUAUCCUGUCCAGAAGAGAGGGAAGAUCAGAUCAGCCAUUAAUUUGCCCUCCAACGUAGUCUGCUGAAAGCCCCUUCAAGUUUCUUCAGGAUGCCUGCAGCACUUGUGGAGAACAGCCAGGUCAUCUGUGAAGUCUGGGCCAGCAAUCUGGAAGAAGAGAUGAGGAAGAUCCGAGAAAUUGUGCUCAGUUACAGUUAUAUUGCCAUGGACACAGAAUUUCCAGGUGUUGUGGUGCGACCCAUUGGUGAAUUUCGUAGUUCCAUAGAUUACCAGUAUCAGCUUUUACGGUGCAAUGUUGACCUUUUAAAAAUUAUCCAGCUGGGCCUUACAUUCACCAAUGAGAAGGGAGAAUAUCCUUCUGGAAUCAACACCUGGCAGUUCAACUUCAAAUUCAACCUUACAGAGGACAUGUACUCCCAGGAUUCCAUAGAUCUCCUCGCUAACUCAGGACUGCAGUUUCAGAAGCAUGAAGAGGAAGGGAUCGACACACUGCACUUUGCAGAGCUGCUUAUGACAUCCGGGGUGGUUCUCUGUGACAACGUCAAAUGGCUUUCAUUUCACAGUGGCUAUGACUUCGGCUACAUGGUGAAGUUGCUUACAGAUUCUCGUUUGCCAGAAGAAGAACAUGAAUUCUUUCAUAUUCUGAAUCUUUUCUUCCCAUCCAUUUAUGAUGUGAAAUACCUCAUGAAGAGUUGUAAAAAUCUUAAGGGAGGUCUUCAGGAAGUUGCUGAUCAGUUGGAUUUGCAGAGAAUUGGAAGGCAGCACCAGGCAGGCUCAGACUCACUGCUGACGGGAAUGGCAUUCUUCAGGAUGAAAGAGUUGUUUUUUGAGGACAGUAUUGAUGAUGCCAAGUACUGUGGGCGGCUCUAUGGCCUAGGCACGGGAGUGGCCCAGAAGCAGAAUGAGGAUGUGGACUCUGCCCAGGAGAAGAUGAGCAUCCUGGCGAUCAUCAACAACAUGCAGCAGUGAUGGUGGCGAGGCUCUGCAGGGCGGGCCCGGUCCCAGAGUGGUGCUUCCUGUGCUGACCGUGUAUACUUACCUUCCUCCCCAAGAGAAGACGCCUUUUUUGAGCAAACUGUACCUACCAUCUGUGUUGACAGACUUUUGUUUUACUGAAGACAAAAGAUGACUUUAUUUUAGAUCCAGAAGAAGUUUGCUCUGAAUUUGUAACCUCUGCCCUAUUCCUCAUCCCUAAGCCUCUCUUCUCCAGUUACCUCCUGCCACCAGCAUCCAUGGCUCCUUUGACACAUUUUAAAAUCCAGGACAAAUCGGAAACAAACUAGUAAAAUGUAUAUAACUCUUA